AUGAAGUUCACCCAUGGUAUAUGGUUCAAUAAGGAGGAUGUGGCGAUCUACAAUGCCACAGAGGUCAACAGGAUAUCAAACCCGAAAACCAACGAAAUUCAGGCCUUGUGCACCACAAGACCCGUAAAAAGUCGUGGAGACACGUUGAACAAACCGACAGUCACUGUGAACCUUUCGAGCCACGCUCCGGACAUCAUACAAGGCGAGGCCUGGCAUUUCAGAGCGGGAUCCAACAAUGAUCCCAGGUUCAAUCUCUUUCCCGGCAGCGACCCUGAUCCGACAUGGCAACCAACAUGCAAUGGCAAUGUCAUGCGAAGUGGCGGCAUGACAGCUACUAUCAACAAAGACCCGGCGUCGUUUGCCAUCGACUACCAGGAUGGCAACGGCAAAGCGCUGACUCGACUUGGAUUUGAAGGCAUACAGUAUGUGGUAGCUCCUGCAAAUCUUGCUGCUUUGGACACAUUGGGUGCGACAACGUCGAUCAGCGAUGCCUACCGCAGACCCACAGCAACGAACUCGAAGCUUCCCUUCAUGGCAGUGUCCUUUGAUCUCCAGCCUGGCGAGUACGUGUACGGGCUGGGCGAGCGAUUCGGUCCACUCAUCCGCAACGGGCAAGCAAUAGAUCUAUGGAAUGAAGAUGCCGGUACUUGUACGCUGUAUGCGUAUAAGAACAUCCCAUUCUAUCUCACCAACAAGGGCUAUGGUGUCUUCUUCGACCACAGUGACGUUGUGUCUCUCGAGAUACAGAGCGAGAAGCUUGCCAAGGUCCAAGUAUCAGUCCAGGGCGAGAGAAUUCGGUGGCAUGUCAUCCACGGUCCAUCGCCGAAAGAGAUCCUGGCUCGCUACGCUAAUCUUACGGGCCAUCUUGCCUUACCACCAGCCUGGACAUUUGGCCUGUAUUUGUCGUCCUCUUUCUUGACCGACUACGACGAGAAGACUGUCACCGAACAGCUGGACGGAAUGAAGACCAGAAACAUUCCCAUGUCAGUCUUUCACUUUGACUGCUUCUGGAUGCAGGCACAUUCAUGGACGAAUUUUGAGUUCGAUCCUGUCUACUUUCCGGAUCCCAAAGGCUUCCUCGAGAAGCUCCAUCAGAGAGACUUGAAAGUUUGCGUCUGGAUCAACAGCUAUAUCGCGCAAGACUCGGUCGCAUUCGAAGAGGCAGCUAGCAACGGCUACCUCUUGAGGCGCAAAGAUGGGUCCGUCUGGCAGACCGACAACUGGCAGGCUGGGAUGGGCAUUGUCGAUUUUACCAACCCGGACGCUAAAAAGUGGUAUCAGGACCAGUUAGGUCGCCUGCUGGGUAUUGGAGUCGACACUUUCAAGACCGACUUCGGCGAACGCAUUCCAUUCCUGGACGUUGAGUAUCAUGAUGGGAAGGAUGCUAGAGCAAUGCACAACUACUACUCUCUCCUGUACAACAAAGCUGUAUACGAUGUAAUCGUUAGUAAGCGAGGUGUCAGUGAAGCAGCACUGUUCGCACGCUCUGCAACAGCUGGAGGACAGCAGUACCCUGUUCAUUGGGGUGGCGAUUGUGAGUGUACGUGGAACGGGAUGGCGCAAACUCUUCGUGGAGGGCUCUCAUUCGGCAUGAGCGGAUUUGGCUUCUGGUCACACGAUAUUGGUGGUUUCAUGUCCGAAGGUCAAGCCAAGACUGUUCCAGAAGCUGCUAUCUACAAGCGCUGGGUGCAAUUUGGCCUGCUAUCCUCCCACUCAAGAUUGCACGGCUCCGCUACUUAUCGAGUGCCGUGGCUGGUCGACGAUGAGGCUUCUGAAGUCCUUGGCAAGUUUUCGCGACUGAAGAACAGCCUCAUGCCGUAUCUGUAUGCUCAAGCCAUCGAGUCACACAAGACCGGUGUGCCAAUCUUACGAGCUAUGGUUUUGGAGUUCCCGGAUGAUCGAACGUGUCAGACGUUGGACUUGCAGUAUAUGCUUGGAGACAGCUUGUUGGUUGCUCCUAUCUUCAACGACGAAGGGGUUGCGGACUAUUACGUCCCGCACGGCAAAUGGCGAGGGCUGCUCGAUGGGAAGUUGCGAACAGGUCCUGGCUGGAUGACCGAGACACAUGACUUUCUGAGCUUGCCAGUGUUGGUCAGGCAGGACAAAGCUAUUCUUGUGGGUCUAUCAGAUCGCCCUGAUUACGACUGGCGGUCUUGCAUUCAGAAGAUUGUAAUUGGUGAGCUUACAUCAAGCGACACAGAUCUCGCGGUUGACGUGCCGGACGCCAAUGCUCCCGGCAGCUUCGCGGGCAAGGUUGAAAUCAAGAAAAACAACGCCGGCGGGACCGUGGCAUCCAUUGAUGGAACCAAACUUGGAGCCAGCAUUGUCACCCUGGCUGAAGACAAUCACCUGUAG